UACGAAAACUAAAUUAGUACUGCAAUAUCUUUCAAAGCGAAUGUUAAUGAACACGUUAAAUGAUACAAGUGAACGAUAUCUGGUAGUGAUUACUCUUAUAAAAUAGUUAUUUUCAUUUUCGUAGAUAGAAUUGUAAACAAUUAUGCAAUUGUACUAGUUUAACCAGUAAAUCUGUAAGUUAGAAUACCAUGGAGGUUUUAUUGUUAUCAAAAUCCAUGCUGUUUGUUUGUCAGUGGUCAGUAAUAAUUAUUAAAUCAUAAAAUGGGUGCAAAUAUAUCACAGCUAGAAAGAGAUAUUGGUUCUGAUCAAUUUCCUCCUAACGAACAUUAUUUUGGAUUAGUUAAUUUUGGAAAUACUUGUUAUAGUAAUUCUGUAUUACAAGCUUUAUACUUCUGUCGUCCAUUUAGAGAAAAAGUUUUAGAGUAUAAAGCUAGAAACAAACGAACAAAGGAAACAUUAUUAACAUGUUUAGCAGACUUGUUUUACAGUAUUGCAACUCAGAAAAAGAAAGUUGGAUCUAUAGCUCCAAAAAAGUUUAUUGCCAGAUUAAGAAAAGAAAAAGAGGAAUUUGAUAAUUAUAUGCAACAAGAUGCGCAUGAAUUCUUAAAUUUCUUGAUAAAUCAUAUAAAUGAAAUAAUUCUAGCUGAGAGAAGUCAGAGUAAACCAGCUGGUGGAAAAUGUGGUGCAGGUGAUGCUGGUUCACCACCUGAACCUACUUGGGUUCAUGAAAUAUUUCAAGGAAUUUUGACAUCAGAAACGCGCUGCCUUAAUUGUGAGACUGUAUCUAGCAAAGAUGAGGAUUUCUUUGAUUUACAAGUUGAUGUAGAUCAAAAUACUUCUAUCACGCACUGCCUCAGAUGUUUCUCCAAUACUGAGACUCUUUGUAGCGACAACAAAUUCAAAUGCGAUCAUUGUAGCAGUUAUCAAGAGGCUCAGAAACGAAUGAGGGUUAAAAAAUUGCCGAUGAUACUGGCAUUACAUCUGAAAAGAUUCAAAUAUGUAGAACAGUAUAAUCGUCACAUUAAAGUUUCUCACAGGGUAGUUUUUCCUUUGGAACUUCGUCUGUUUAAUACUAGUGAUGACGCGGUAAAUCCAGACCGAUUAUACGAUUUGGUCGCAGUUGUGAUACAUUGCGGAAGCGGGCCUAAUCGAGGACAUUACAUUUCCAUAGUAAAAAGUCAUGGAUUUUGGUUACUCUUUGAUGAUGAUAUGGUCGAUAAAAUUGAUGCAUCUACGAUAGAGGACUUUUACGGACUUACAUCGGAUAUACAAAAAAGUUCCGAAACUGGUUACAUUUUAUUUUAUCAAUCAAUAGAUUGUAGUUAGAAUUAAAUAUAAUUAUAUGACAAUUAAACA